UUUUCACGCUUUUACCUCCACCAACCCAUUACGAGUUCGAUCCCCGACUCUCCUCUCCUCUCUCCCUUUACCCGAUAAGAGCGCAACCCUCGUUCUCCGACGAUCACCGGAGAUUGGCCGGACAUCACCGGCAGGGGAUAUAGGGCUCCGGCGAGGCACCGGGGAUGGGUUCCUCCGAGAACGCUAAUUGGGUCUUCGAUUGCCCCCUCCUAGACGACGUGGCCGUCGCUGGCGACGAUUUCCCGGCGUCGGGGAGCGGAUUCUACUGGGGAUCGCAGGGAAUCAACGGAUCCUCCAAUGGCGGGGUUGAAAUAAGUGGCUCCUUUUUGGACUCUGAAUGUGUCAAAGAACGAGGCUCCAAUAAACGUGUUAGGUCUGAAAGCUGUCAGCCAAGUUCCAAAGCUUGUAGAGAGAAAAUGAGAAGGGAUAAGCUGAACGAUAAGUUCUUGGAGUUGGGCUCCAUUUUGGACCCAGGUAAGCCACCAAAAAUGGAUAAAGCAGCUAUUUUAAGUGAUGCAGUCCGUAUGGUGACCGAGUUACGUAGUGAAGCACGAAAGCUGAAAGAGUCAAAUGAGAGUCUCCAAGAAAAGAUCAAAGAGCUAAAGGCCGAGAAGAAUGAGCUUCGCGACGAGAAGCAGAGGCUGAAGGCUGAGAAAGAGAGCCUGGAGCAGCAAAUAAAGAUCAUAAACUCUCGUCCGAGCUACAUGCCGCACCCUCCUGUCAUGCCGGCCGCAUUUGCUGCCCCGGGUCAAUCGGCAGGUCACAAGCUGGUGAUGCCUCUCAUCGGCUACCCGGGAUAUCCUAUGUGGCAGUUCAUGCCCCCUGCAGAUGUCGACACCUCGCAGGACGCCGAGUCCUGCCCUCCAGUGGCUUAAGAUCAUCAUUGUUCAAUCCAUUUCUCAUGCUAAAUUUCUCUCGAACUAAUUUCCUCAUGUUGAGGAAAAAAGAACUCUGAAUUUCUCUCUCCAAGCUUAAGCUGUGUCAUUUUUAUAACUUUGAAUUUAAGUUGUCUGGAUUGUCUUGUAAUAUCUUUAUGAAUAAAUUCAGUGUAUGCCAGACGUAGAUUUGUCCAGUGAAUAACUUUAGAUCACUGGGAUUAUUAUUA